UUUCUCAUUGAAUGUGGCCGUGAAGGCUUAGUGAAGCCCCCGUUGCUGUUCCUAGAAAAAAAUAUAAGCUAUUUGACUUGACAAACAGCCGGGAUUAAGCUGAGCUGUCGGUGUAUAUUGGGAGUCUGCUUGGUCAUACACGCACUACCGUUUUUUACCGCAGUGCAUCUGCAGCAUCCUGCGAUCAGAGCGACAGAGGUGCCGCUGUGGCGUAGGAAUAAAACACCGUGAACUGGGCACGUUUUGUGAUAUUUUUUAUUUUUCUGGCUGGGCUGGCUUCUAUGUAGCCGUGUGUGCAAGCGCAGUAUUUGAUCUGCAAUGCCUGCACGACCCAAGAAGCAUCUCUACUACGAGCGCGGAGUGAUCAGAUGAAACAUUUCCACAUUUUUCCACAGUCAGCUGUCAUCGCAGAAAGAGGACAGCAUCUUUUUUUUUUCUCUCUCUCCUCCGGAUAGAGGACUCGAGCAGAGGGAGGCCUCUACAGCAGGACAGUAGGCUCUGAUUUCAGAGAUCCGAUUGAGGAUAAGCAUCUUUAGGCCAUUAGAUUGUUCUGCAUUAAAUAUUAGUAUCGUGUAGCCUGUAAGAGGUAGCCAUUUAAUUCUUAUCCAAGAGCAUGCAAAUUAAUUGUAUAUGCACUAGCGUGUUAUUGUAUUGAAGACGUUCAGUCUGUAGCUUUCAUGUUGCACAGAAUCUAAAAUAAGCUUUGUGUAUACCCGUGCUGUCUGUAUUUUGCCAAAGAGGAGAGCUGAGCAUGUGUCCUCUGGCGGGGUUUAAUGCCUGAUCUGUGCAUCUCACAUUAGGAUCCUCAGGGAGAAAUACAAUCAAAUCUCAGGGUGUUGCUCUGGGGAACACUGUGAGUCACCAGAUAUCUGGAUUGUUUCAUGUGCGCCUCCAUAAUUAAAAGUACAAAAAGCCACCACUUGGCUGCAUCAGCUGAAUAGAUAGAAGGGAAGGGUCUCUAAAAGCAGCAAUAAUAUCUGGCAGCAAAUCCUGUGAACAACAGGAAACUGGUGCUGGCUUGUGCCAAAGAUCGGAAACAGUGGCCCCACUGUUGGGACCCCCAUCAACAAAUUUCUGAGUAAAAGGACGGCUUGUAGGCGGAUACAUUUUGAACUUAACAAUGCAUGUCUAAGCUGCAGGACUCCUGUCACACAGUUUGCAGCUCUUUGCUGAUGCACAACUUUUAGAAUAAACUGCUCAAGGAAAAAACAAAUUGAAACUGUUCACCUUUACAAACUUGGAAGUGCUCAGUUUCUGAGUGCUUUCUGUUGGAGCUCCAUUCUUGCGUCGGUGUUAAAGUUUGGACUUUUUGGAGACUCCUCAUCAAAUCAAACAAGCUGCUCUAACAUCCAUUAACAUGGCAGCAGCAGCAGGAACAGCACAUCUCCUGCUCCUCUCCCUUCUCUGCAGCCUGUUCGUGUACCAGUGUGACGGGGCGUGUGCAGAAGUGGACUCUGACACAGAGGCCGUAGCAGGAAAGGGCUUCAAGCUGGGCUGCAUCUCCUGCAAGAGGAGGAGUGAGGUGGAUGGAGCCGCCACAGUCGAGUGGUACUUCAGGGCCAAAGGAGAGGCCGACUUUGUUCAUAUCUACACCUACAACGAGGACGGCCCCACCAUCGAACACGACCACUUCAUGGACCGCGUAGACUGGAACGGAAGUAAGAGAAGCAACGACAUCCAAGAUGCGUCUAUAUACCUGCUCAACGUCACCUUCAACGACUCGGGAACCUACCAAUGCUUCUUAAACCGCAUCCUCUUCUACGAGUUCUACGAGUACAACACUAUCAUCAGCAAGGUGGUCCACCUCACCGUGGUGGCUAAAGCCACCAGAGGAACGGCCUCCAUCGUGUCUGAGGUCAUGAUGUACGUGACCAUCAUUGGCCUUCAGGUGUGGCUCCUCAUAGAGAUGAUAUACUGUUACCGGAAGAUCGCAGCAGCUGGGGAAGAAGCAUUACGAGAAGCAGCAAAUGCUGAAUAUUUAGCCAUAGCCUCGGAAAGUAAAGACAACAUGGCGGGGGUGCAGGUCGGAGAAUAGCACAGGCUUCGUCUGUGCUCUGAAAACAUCCUUCCAUCCUCUGGCCUGCAUGAAGACAACUUCGGGGGGAAAACUCCGCUGCAUCUCGAGUCUCUAUUUUACCUUUUCCUCCACAUAGAUCACUCAAUGGAUAUGACAUACAAAGAGAGCAUGGUACCAGCACUGUAUAUAGUAAUCAGCGCAAAAAGCAUGUUCUGCACUUACAUGAGGAAUCAUUAUGCAUUAUGAGCCACACUGUCGAAAGCAUAUACUGUACAUACAGUAUUUCUUUAAGUAUAUGUAGUCACACAUUUAUAUAUAACAUACUUGGUACUAUGGGGGGGGGGGGUUGGUUGUACAUGAGGCUGAAUAUCAAAGAAAGCUUUUUACGACAUCAACAUCACCUAGUGUAAAAAAUGAUGCGACACACAACAUGUAUGGUAACGGUAUUUCUAAAAUAGAAUGUAAUGGACAAUGAUAGACUGUCUUUCCAGUUACUAGUUGAGUUGUACAUUCAAUCAAAAUCUUAAGAUGUCCCAAUAAAAAACUGAAAAAUCA